AGAAGAAGAGAGAGAGAGAGAGCUUUUCUUUUCCUGGGACUUUAAUGAAGUUGGCCCUGGUCUAGGGAGUCUUGGAGGGAUUAUAUCUCAAAUUUGUGUCUCUUCUGUCACUUGGCUCUGUGACUGCUGAGACUAAUGGGCUGUGCUGUGCUGUGAGGUGAGUGAAAGGGAAAGGGAAAGGGGGAUACCUAGUCAGUUGUACAACUGAAUGCCUUCAACUGAAAUGUGUAUUCCGCAUUUAACCCAACCCCUCUGAAUCAGAGAGGUGUGGGGGUUUCCUUAAUCGGGUGAGGGAGCGUUCCUUAGGGUCACAGUGAACAGGAUGAUCGGUGGUCAGAAGGAGAAUAUGGCGGCAGGAUCACCUCCUACUCAUCCAGGCUUUGGCAUCUCUGGGAAGAGCUUCCUCAUAGACAACCUUCUGCGCUCGGCAGGGCCAUCCUUUUCCUCAUCCUCUUCCUCGCCCACCUUAGGUGGACCAACAAGUGGGCUCUUCAAGGGGCCCUCGACCGGCCCCUACAGGAGCACCUGGGGCACUCAGCAUGUUGUCUAUGAGGGCCAGAGUAAAAACUGUGAACGAGUCAAAGACAGAGGGCUUCCUCCUCAUCCACACUCAGGCCUGUCGAGCAGUGUGUUUCUACGGGGCCCUCAGUAUGUGCUGGCAGCAGUGUGCUGUGGUGGGUCCAGCCCUCCACCUGUCUUCUCCAAGGGAGCCUAUAUUCCGAUGUGGUCCCCGGAUACGAGCCCCAAAUCCCGGCGAGGGAUCCUGAGGAGGGCGGUGUUCUCGGAUGAGCAGAGGAAGGAGCUGGAGAAAACGUUCAAAAGACAGAAAUACAUCAGCAAGACAGACAGAAACAAACUGGCAGCAGAACUCAGCCUGAAGGAAUCCCAGGUGAAGAUCUGGUUUCAGAACCGGAGAAUGAAGUGGAGGAACUGUAAGGAGAAGGAGGGCCACAGCUGCCGCUCCCCCAUGGAGGAGCUCAUGUCCCGGGCCUGCAACCAGGAAGAGGAACACAAAGGGGCACCAGAGAGCACGGGCACGCCAUCAGACAGCUCACCAUCACAGCAGCAGGACACGGACACAGGAGUUGUGUCAUGCAAGGAACCUGAGAAAGAGAGAAAGAGUCAUGCACAGAGAAAGAGUCAUGCAAGGAACCUGUGACUUUGAAACAGCUACUGAGUCCGCACAGACACACUAUGACCUCUGACCCCUGAGAGGAUGAGAGACUGAAAGAUGGGCGUUGAGCAUUGGAUAAAACGACUAACACUCCAUAACAAGAAAAUACUUGUCAUUUUAAUAUUGUGUGGAUUGCUAUUGUGUAGUAACAUUUUGUAGACUGACUACAAGUGUUUUGGAUACUUUAUUAUAUCAUACACUGUAUAUAAACACAAACUGAAGGUUAGUCAGCUACACACAACCAUGUACAAAUGCUUUAACAUGUAAGACUGUAUUCAGAAUAUUUAUUUUACUCUUUUAACUGAAACAAUUUCUGUAAAUAAAAUGAUUCAUUAAA